AUGCUUGAACGACAAUCCAUACAUCCGUCAAGUUCCCAAGCUUCAGGCCUGUGCUCUGCGUCCAGAAAGCACAUUUUUGUACCGCACACGCCCGAGGCUUUGCGCUUUCGCUCCGAUGCUCGCGUGUACCCUGUACAGCUGGAAGGGUGUCGGUACGGUUCAAAGGCUACACGGAAGAUUUAUCGUGCGUCGCAUUUGGCGGAGCACGCCUGUACAGUACAUAGGCACAGGACAGUAUGGCCAGUUUCGAAUUAUGUAGACGGUGGCGAGGUCCCCUUUCCCCAGAGUCGAAGCUGCCCGCUGGGCAGAUCAUACAAGGAAGCGUUGGAUGUCGAACCUUUCGAAACCUGGGAGGGUUCCAUAGAACGAGCAUUGAUUCGACGCGAUUCCGAUCUGCAACGGUCCUUUGCAACCGGGCCCAUGUCCAUUAUCGCCAACUUCGUCCCUUUUGCGGAGAAUUGCGAGGUUCUGCCGAUGCUCACCCUCCGAGGCGAGGCUGCUUACCACGACGCGUCGUGGUCCCGUCUGAGCUGUCUUCAGAUCCCCCUUUGCUGGUGGAUGAGGAUCCGAGGAAGAGAACAAAAGGUACAGACGCCUCAGGCACGCAGGCUGAGACGUUUCAUCGAUGGAUUGUUGGUCGUCCACGGCUCCUUCACGAUGACGAUAUGUGGAUGGUGGGGUGAUAAAGUUGGUAUUAGGCCAUGGCUGACGGCAAGCGAAGGCCCCAGAGGCUCUUUACCCUUCGACCCAGCAAGCAGUUUCCCUGCAUCGCCAUCGGAGCUCAUCCGCUCAGCCACUAUAUUCUCCUGCCCAAGUUGCGUCCAGGAAGGCCUCCUGGACGACGAGGACGAAAAGCCAGCGGAGGUGGUGCUGGUGGAUACAGCGCGUUGCAGACUCCCGCUGCUAAAAUUAUGUAGCCUUGCGCGGAUGGAGAUUACCGCGUACAUGUCUAUGCGUGUCUGCAUGCCAAGGCACCUGAGGGCCCUUUCGUGGUCUCCUCUUGAAACCAGUGAAACAGUCCACGGUUGUUGCUCUGCUAAACAUACGCUAUCCGUGCCCGCCCGGGAAAUUGGACGAUCAGUGUCUUCCUGA